AUGGCAAGAGGAAGGAAUGCACGAAGCUCUGACGCAAUCGCCGAUUUACUUGAAAAUCAUCACAACCAACCGCACGAUGAUCCACUUGUCAUGGGAUCCGUCGCCCCCGCGACGGAAACCCUGGUUCCACUGGCUACCAGAGUCACUACCGGAAUGCCCCCACGGGCUCCGGCCCAACCUGUCGCCCCAACCGUCGGAGUAGAGGCGGUUCAGGCCUGGCAGCAGCGUCAGGAGGCUCUGGAGAGUACUGUUAGGCAGCUCGCUGAGGCGGUCAGGGCCCUUGCCCGAGCCCAGCCGCAAAUGGUCCCGAGACAACCAGAGUCGCUGUCACCUCGAAGACCUCGCCACCCGCGAGAGGAAAGACCCCCGCCAAACGAAAGAGAAGCCGAUAGAGUUCCUUCGCCAGAAAGGUCAGUAAAUUCCUCUAAUUCAAGGUCCAAGGAUGCGGACCUCCCGUCACGUCGCUCACCGGGGAGAGGAAGCAGGAGAUCGCAGCUCCAACGGUCUGUGGACCAGGACACCGCCGUCGAGGAGUUGCUCCAAAGGGUGCAAGAACUGGAGGCACGACAAAGAGUUCGUGACCAAAAUAGUGGCUACGGAGAACGUACGCCAUUCACAAAGGAAGUUGAACUCGAAGCUCUCCCCAAGAGAUUCAAGGUUUCGAGCAUACCACAGUACAACGGAGAUAGCGAUCCCUAUGACCACCUAGACGCAUUCAAUGUCCAGAUGGAUCUGCAGACCACCAGCUCGCUGGUGAAGUGCCGGUACAGAGCUCUGAGACGGCAGCUCGCCCCGCCGUGCCACCUCGCCACGGUCUUCCAAAGGUCGGGCGAGUCCCUCAAAGAUUACAUCGCCAAGUUCCGGCGCGAGGUGAGUAACGUUAAAAGUCCCUCGGAUGAAAGUAUCCUUACGGCCAUCUCGGCAGGUCUCAGGAAAGACGGGAUACUCUACGAGAGCAUCUAUAAAUCCCCCGUUGGGGAUCUGGGAGAAUUCUAUGAACGAGCUGCAAAGGAGAUCCGGUGGGAAGAAGCGUUCAGGAAGAAGCCCGCCGGACAUAGAGAGGAAGUCGGAAGCUCUAACCGAGACGGGAAAAGGAGCGACGGGGGAAACAGAAAGGACAACCGAGGAGAGCGGUCUAACAAUCAGGUAGCCAAGCGAGCUCGGCGGGAAGAACAAGAGGACCGACCUCUGAGACAAGGCCGUUUCAACAACUAUACGGCCCUAUCAGAUUCUCAAGAAAGGAUCUUCGCCAUGGAAAGGAGAAGAGAGGAUUUUGGGAGGCCAAACCCAAUAAAAACUCCCAACAAGUUCAGAAAUAGGGAGAAGUUUUGUGCAUAUCACAACGAGGUGGGGCACGACACCUCUGAAUGUUACGCUUUGAAGGAUGCAAUUGAAGAACUGAUUCGAAGGGGCCGGCUGCGAGACUAUGUGGUGCGACCUGCAAAUCAGCCACCACAGCAGGCGAAUCAACAACGACCGCCCCCCGAGGAUGAGCGCGCACCAGUAGUUCGGACGAUCUAUACGAUCCACGGCGGUCCUCACCUCGCAGGCACAUCGAACAGGUUGCACGAAAGGUAUGUACGUGAGGCUAAUCAUGUCCUAGUGGCAGGAUCUAGCGAGCAGAUGGGAUCAUCAAAGCGAGCUAGGAUGGCAGUGAAAGAAAUCACUUUCUCCGAGGAGGACGCCAGGGACAUACACUGGCCGCACAAUGACGCCCUCGUCAUUCGCGCUCACAUCGGCAACAUGGAGGUGCGAAGAAUAAUGGUGGACACCGGCAGCUCGGUGAACGUGAUGUACAGGGCCUGUUUCGACCAGAUGGGACUCGGGCCCGAACAGUUGGGCCCAUCCCCAGAGCCACUUUUCGGGUUCACGGGAGAUGCAAUCGUCCCCAUGGGACGAGUUAAGCUCCCAUUCACAAUUGGGGGCGAAGGUCGUGAAGCCACAGCGCUUGCGGAGUUUCUGAUCAUUGACUGCCCCUCAGCAUACAACGUCGUGCUCGGGAGGCCGGUGAUGAACGAGCUGGAUAUGGUCACCUCGACCAGAGCGCUGACCGUCAAGUUUCCAACCACCAACGGAACUGGAUGCGUGCGGGGAGAGCAGCACCUCACAAGAUGUUGCUACGAGGACGCGGUCAAGAUGGGGACCAGAGGAAAGAAAGUAAAUGUGGUCACAGAGGGAGCGCAGCGACCUUCAAGUCGGAGCGGGGUGAGUUACGACCUGGAUCCCAGAGAAGUGGAUUGCGACAAGGCCACCGGCCCGGUGGAAGAACUUGAAGAGGUCCCGAUCAGCGAGGUGGACGCUGAAAGAUGCCUGAAGCUCAGGAAGAAUCUGGCCCCCGAGGUAAAAUGCCAACUUAUUGAAUUCCUUAAGACUAACCUGGAUGUGUUUGCGUGGAAUCACGAAGACAUGGUGGGGAUAGCACCGGAGGUCAUGUCACACAGACUCAACAUAGACCCCAGCUACAAGCCGGUGCGCCAGAAGAGGAGACCGAUGACUCUAGAACGCUACGCCGCCCUUAAAGAGGAGGUGGAUAAGCUCCUGGCUAAUGGGUUUAUCAGAGAGGCUCACUACCCAGUCUGGGUAGCCAACCCAGUGCUGGUGAAAAAGAAGAACGGGAAGUGGAGGACCUGCGUCGACUUCACCAACUUAAAUAAAGCCUGCCCGAAGGACAGUUUCCCCCUCCCAAGAAUUGACCAGCUCGUGGAUGCAACAGCGGGGCAUCAGCUCCUCAGUUUCAUGGACGACUACUCGGGAUACAACCAGAUCCCCAUGAAUCCUAACGAGGAGGAACACACGUCGUUUAUCACCGAUCGCGGGCUAUACUGUUAUAAGGUCAUGCCGUUCGGGUUGAAGAAUGCUGGGGCGACCUACCAGAGACUUGUGAACAUGAUGUUCGAAGCGCAGAUUGGGAAAACAAUGGAGGUAUACGUUGACGAUAUGCUGGUUAAGUCUGAGCAGGUCGCAGAUCAUGUUCGUAAUUUGGGAGAAACAUUCAAGAUCCUCAGGAGCUACAAUAUGAAGCUGAACCCACUAAAAUGUGCAUUUGGGAUGGCUUCCGGGAGGUUCUUGGGAUUCAUGGUCAACAGCAGAGGUAUCGAGGCCAAUCCAGAAAAAAUAAAGGCCCUUUUGUAUAUGAGGUCGCCUGUAAGAAUGAAGGACGUGCAGAGCCUAACCGGCCAGGUCGCUGCACUAAGCCGAUUUAUCUCCAAGGCAACCGACAAGUGCAUCCCUUUCUUCAAUACGUUACGAAAAGCCCAAGGUUUCAGUUGGAGUGAGGAGUGCGAGCUCGCCUUCCAGCAGCUGAAGGAGUAUAUGGGGCAAGCUCCGCUGCUUUCAAAACCCCGAGAUGGGGAAAAACUGGUGAUCUACUUAGGAGUGUCGGCGCAUGCUCUCAGCGCAGCCUUGGUUCGGGAGGAAGAAGGGGUGCAAUACCCCGUUUAUUAUAUUAGCAAGAGGUUGGUGGACGCAGAAACGAGGUACACAUCGAUGGAGAAGCUCGCAUACUGCUUGGUCAUAGCAUCGAGGAAAUUACGUCCUUAUUUCCAGGCUCAUCAGAUCGAUGUUCUAACUAAGUACCCCUUGAGGCAGAUUUUGCAGAAGCCAGACACAUCGGGCCGCCUGCUGAAAUGGGCAAUUGAGCUCGCUCAGUUCGACUUGGAAUACAAACCAAGAGUGGCAAUCAAGGGGUAG